UAAUAAGUAUUAAUAAAAACAGAAACUCACAUGGGUAAACCGGGAUUCUCACCAGGAGGUGGAUUUAGAGGUAGAGGAGGAGGAGGAGGAGGAGGAGGAGGAGGAGGAGGAGGUGGUGGUGGUGGUGGUGGUGGUGGUGGCGGUGGCCGCGGUGGUGGUCGAGGUGGUGGAAGAGGCGGUGGUUUUGGUGGAAGAGGAGGAGGUGGUGGCUUUGGUGGAAGAGGAGGAGGAGGUGGCCGUGGUGGAGGUAGGGGAGGCGGAAGAGGUGGAGGUACUCCACGUGGACGUGGUGGAAGAGGUGGUCGUGGUGGAGGAGGUUUCAAGGGAGGCAAAACUGUUCUUAUAGAACCCCAUCGUCAUGAAGGAGUUUUUAUUGCCAAAGGAAAAGAGGAUGCCUUGGUUACUUUAAAUUUGGUACCUGGUUCAGAAGUUUAUGGUGAAAAGAGAAUUAGUGUAGAGGGAGAAAAUGGAUCAAAAAUUGAAUACAGAGUUUGGAAUCCCUUCAGAUCUAAAUUGGCUGCCGCUAUUGUCGGAGGUGUUGAUCAAAUUCAUAUGCCACCUGGGAGCAAAGUUUUAUAUUUAGGCGCAGCGUCGGGUACUACCGUUUCACACGUUGCAGAUGUUGUUGGUCCAGAAGGACUAGUAUAUGCUGUAGAGUUUUCACACAGAUCUGGAAGAGAUCUCAUAAAUGUUGCCAAAAAAAGGACCAACAUCAUUCCUAUAAUAGAAGAUGCUAGGCAUCCUCACAAAUACAGAAUGCUUAUGGGUAUGGUUGAUACGAUAUUUGCAGAUGUAGCACAACCAGAUCAAGCGAGAAUAGUUGCAUUAAAUGCUCAGUAUUUUCUCAAAAACGGAGGCCACUUCGUAAUUUCUAUAAAGGCAAGUUGCAUAGAUUCAACUGCACAACCAGAAGCGGUCUUUGCAGGAGAAGUGAAGAAACUUAUAGCUGAUAAAUUAAAACCACAGGAACAAAUUACCUUAGAACCUUAUGAGAGGGAUCAUGCAGUUGUAGUUGGUGUAUUUAGGCCUCCUCCCAAAAACUCCGUUUGAAUUUAUGUAUAAAUACAGUGUAUACAAUAAUUAAAUUUAUCAUUUUAUAUCUCAUCAAAAUUAAGAAAUGAAUCGGAGAAGUGCAAAAUAAUACAAAACAAAUUUUUCAACGUUAUUUGUUGAUAUAAGAUAAAGUUCGUUGCUCAUUGUCAACGAUCUUUACUAAGCAUAUUCAUUAAUAAGAAUUUCUACCAUUAUUUUGCUUAGAAAUCUUAAUAUCGUGUUAUAGUAUAAUGUAUUAUAAUAUAUAAAUAAGUAAAAUUGUUCACAUUCGU